GAAGGUGGAGCUUCUCCUUUUGACUAUGCUGUAAUACCCGGGGCAAGGGAGGGGAGAGGAAGACAGGAUCGGGGUCAGAUGGAGCCUAGUUAGUUAGAGUGACGAGUAGAGAGAGUGUGUGUGUGUGUGCGUGUGUGUGUGUGUGUGUGUGUGUGUGCGUGCAUAUGAGUGAGAGAGACCGAAUCACAAAGGGAGGGGGAGAGCAGUGUGUGCAUGUGUGUGUGUUCGUGUGUGUCAGAGGGAAUCCAGUCACAAGAGGAGGAAGGGGCCAUAAAGGCAGGAAGGAAAGAAGGGGGGCAAUACAAGACAAGUGUACCCAGAUUAAGAGAAAAAGAUGGCUGAACCGGAGCUGAAAUUACGGAGCAGUCGGGAGAGCGUCGCCAAGGAGAAGAUGGGGGCUGAAGAAGACAUGGACCAAAAUGGCCAGAUUGUUCCAUCUCCAUCCACCCCUAUGGUCGCCACCCCCCCAGCUGACAAGGGGCAUAGGAUCGAACUCAAGCGCAGCAUCACCCUCAUCAACGGCGUGGGCAUGAUCAUAGGCACCAUCAUCGGCUCAGGCAUCUUCGUCACUCCGACAGGUGUGGUGAAAGAGACGGGCUCGGCCGGCCUUUCCUUGAUCGUGUGGUCUGUCUGCGGGGUGAUCUCCACCAUGGGGGCGCUGUGCUAUGCCGAGCUGGGGACCACCAUCACUAAGUCUGGGGGGGACUACACGUACAUCCUGGAGAUAUAUGGCGAGCUGGCCGCCUUCCUCAAGCUGUGGGUGGAGAUGCUUAUCAUCCGACCGUCAUCGCAGUAUGUUGUGUCACUGGUGUUCGCCACGUACCUACUGAAACCUCUCUACUCGAACUGCGCUGUGCCUGACAGCGCUGCUAAGCUCAUCGCCUGUCUGUGUCUCACUUCCCUGACCUUUGUCAACUGUAUCAGUGUGAGAGCCGCUACCAAGGUCCAAGACUUGUUCACGGCCUCCAAGUUGCUCGCUCUGGUCAUCAUUAUACUCUUUGGCUUCAUGCAGAUAUUUACAGGUGAUGUACCUUACCUGAAACCAGAGAAUGCAUUUGAAGGCAGCAAACUGGGUGUUGGCAAUAUUGUCUUGGCUCUGUACAGCGGUUUAUUUGCUUUUGGAGGCUGGAAUUACCUGAAUUAUGUUACAGAGGAGAUGAUCAAUCCAGAGAGGAACCUGCCGCUGUCAAUCAUCAUCUCAAUGCCCAUUGUGACGGUUGUUUACGUUCUGACCAACCUGGCCUACUUUACAACCAUUUCUCCUGAAGACAUGGUCGAGUCCGAGGCUGUUGCUGUAAGUUUUGGGGAAUACCAUCUCGGUGUGAUGUCUUGGUUGAUUCCAGUGUUCGUGGGGCUGUCUUGCUUUGGAGCAGUCAAUGGGUCCCUUUUCACCUCAGCACGUUUGUUCUACGCUGGAGCUCGCGAGGGUCAACUUCCUGCUGCUCUGGGACUGGUCCACACUGACCUUUUCACACCGGUGCCGUCCCUCAUCUUCACAUGUGUGUUGUCCAUGUUGUACGCCAUCUCACAGGACAUCUUCUCUGUCAUCAACCUGUUCAGCUUCUUCACUUGGCUCUGUGUUGGCAUGGCCAUCGCUGGGAUGCUCUGGCUACGUUUCAAACAACCCAACCUCAAAAGGCCAAUAAAGGUGUGUUUGUUCAUCCCGGUGACUUUUGUUCUGGGGUGCGUCUUCAUGAUCGUCGUGUCCUUUUGGGCGGCUCCCUUCGAGUGUCUGAUUGGCUGUAGUAUUAUUCUCACAGGCAUCCCCGCCUACCUGCUGGGCUACAAGUGGAAGAAACCACGUGUGGUCAAAAAGGUGCUCGAAAUCUUCACCAUGUUCUGCCAGAAGAUCUUCCUGGCCGUCCCAGAGGAGAAGAAGCAACACGAGGAGUCUGGAUAAGGCUGGACAAAACUCAUUAACAUCCAGAUAUUUUUGUUUACACAAACAUUUGCAAUUUUUGUGUUGUUUGGCAUUUUUUUAAAGUAGUGGGGCAGUGUAGGUUUGCAAUCUUGGGUCAGGGUGGGCAUACAUGACUGUAUGCACUUAUAAGCUAACAUUUACACUUCACUGUCACAUUUGUGACAGUUUUUGUAACGUGCUUAACGUGCUUGUUGCUGCUUCAUGCUCAAGAUUGUAAUGUUAUAAUGUGCAUAGUUGUAUUCAUUGUAUGACUGCCAAAAGCUGCAUACAACGCACACUAUAAAGCCUAAAAUGUAGAUUGUGUUUGUGUUGUUGUGGCUCUCACAAAAAUGUCAUAGGAUUUUGCACACAAAAAAAUAAUGUCAUAAAAUACUAGUCAGAAACUUGACAUUUUUCACGGAAAUAAUUUGUAUUUACUCAACUUACUAAGUUUACAUUCAGGUUCAGGUUUCUUUAUUAAGAAUUAGUUAUUAAUAAUAAAAUGAAAUUAAAGUGCAUGGCGAGAGAGGCAUUGCAUUAACAUGCUCCUUCACACCCUGUUCUCCAAAUAGAGGGUUUUUGUGGACAAUGCCGCAUCAAGACGAUUUCCUACUACAUUUUUGUGAGUCCUUGUUUAGAUGUACAAAUAUGAUGAAGGGAAAGUUCUUUUGUUUUUUAGAUAAACCAAAAAAACACAUUCUACACUAAUCCUAGUGUGUUUAGAAUAACAUAAAAAUGCUGAUUAUAAAAGGCCCGAGGUGUGUUUAGUCAUGCCUUCCAUACUACUAACACGACGUACGUGUUCAUUAACAAUAACUUUUUCCAUAUUUGUAUUUUGUUUUGUCCCGUAAGCUGACAUGUUGUGGUGUGUGGCAUUCAGUUGAAACACAAACUGUACAGUGAAAGGAAAUGUUUGUUUUUUUGACAUAAUGCUGCAAUGUUUAUUCACUGUAAUGUGAAAAGAUCAAACCUGUUAAUGUGAUCACGAGGUGGUCAUUUGACUACAUAUAAAUAAAUAAUGCACAGUUAAUUAAUUGUUGUUUUAAAAAAAAUUAGAUCAAAAUAAAUUUUCGAACUAGUUGAGACUGAAUCAACAGCGCCUCUGCUGGCUGCAGCCAACUAGUACACUCCAGUACAUCCAAGACGAUACUAUACUGCUUCAUCCUCAUUAGGGUCGUGGGGGCAUGCUGGAGCCUAUCCCAGUUGACUUCGGGCGACAGGCGGGGUACACCCUGGACUGGUCGCCAGCCAAUCGCAUCAUAUAGACAAACAACCAUUCACACUCACAAUGGACAAUUUAGAGUCGCCAAUUAACCUAACAUGCAUGUUUUUGGAAUGUGGGAAGAAGCUGGAGUACCCGGAGAAAACCCACGCGCACACACGGUGAGAACAUGCAAACUCCACACAGAAAUGCCCAAAGGAGAAUCAAACCCAGAUCUUCCCGAUCUCCAGGCUGUUCCUGUGUUGGCCAACAUGCUAACCACUCGACCACCGUGCGGCCCUCAUUGAGUAUUAUGGCCAUAAUACCACACGUAGCAUUUAUGUGAGAAGCUUUACAAAGACUUACAUCAAUGUCAGUCUGUAAAUAGCAUAGCAAGAAUCAUUGUAGUAUUUGUAUUUUGUAUUGCAUGUACCUAUUAUGUAUGCUGAUAUUCCAGACUUGAAAGAAUGUCACAACUGAGCCUACAUCAUUUGAAAAAUAAUGCUCUGUAACUAGCACAAAACUAACAUCUUUUCGGAGGGGCUAUUUUAAGCUAAAUUGUGGCAAGAUAUAGCAUAAUGCACAAUAUUGUAUUGUAUUUAUACUUGUAUUUUCUUGUCACAAUAAAUCUGUUUUGUGGCCAAACACAUCAGGUCAGUCAGUCAAAAACAAGUCAGGUUUGAUUAUUAAAAUACAGGUAUAGUGCUUAUGAUUUUGUGAUAAAGUCUAAAAUACCUAAAUUGCACAAUAGUUAUGAGCAGCAAAGAGAACAUGUUUAUUCUUAAAUUAAAUCAUUUUGUUUGCAAACCUCACAAACCAAAUUGGACAUUAAAGUCACACUUUUGAGCACAAGACACAGGAAGACUGAAUGUCUUCACUGAACAUACUGUAUGAAGAUAAAACGGGGGAAAGAAAUCCUUCAAUCAUUGAUUUGUGCUUAAAGGAUGGACAUCUCCCAUGUUUGUGUCUGUCAGUGCAUCGAUGAUGCCUUUAAUGGUAAUUGUAUAAUGAAACGCUGUGAAGACCAACUCUGUUUAAUCAUAAUGUAACUGAAAACGCCUGCCAGUUCUUGUUAAACGAUGUAUAUCAGUAACCAUGGAAGGUACAUGUAACAAUAAAGCUAUUUUUGUUCAAUGUGCUGUUUUCUUGUUUUAGAAACAUAAAAAAGGACAUUUCUUCAUGGUGGGUACAGUAUAUGUCUUUCCUUUCUUGUUUUUCUUAUCUUAGUGUCUCCUGUCAUAUCCGCCUGCAGUGGAAAUGAAAAGGUCUGAUAGCGACUGAUAGAAGCAGCACCUCUGGAGACAAUAUUGGCAAAACGACAUUGGACAGCCAUAGAGACAAUGACUGUGUCUAAAUCCGGGGUCUGCAGCCUACGAGUCCGCAUUUGUGGGCUGUAUGACGUCAUCGCCACUCGCGAAGGCUGUCCAAAUGUGGCCGACAAAUGCGUCCUCCUCCUCCAUUGAAAAAGAAGUUUGCAUUCAAACCAUCCUUCGUGGCCCAUCAUCUCCCAAGAUUCUUUGCGCACUUCCGUUCAGCCCUUAAAAAUGUCAACAUUACGGCGCAAAGCGGGAGAAGCGUAAGUAUUGAUUUAUUUUGAUUUUUAAGUCGGAAGUAUUUGUUUAUUUGUGCAGACAGUUUGGGUGUAAAGUCUUAAGUCUUUCUACGACGUGAAAGUUUCACUUUGAUCUUACUACCGCGAUUAUGUAAACACACGACACUUAAUAUUACAUACAUACAUGGAACAAGAAGUCAUUUUGGGUUUGUGUACAUCACGUACAUGUGUUAUUGGGGAAUUAAGUGUGUUAAAUUUUACGAAUGUUAAUGUGAUCUUGUGCUACAUUUCUCUUCUGGCUUUAGAGCAGUCGUGGAGGAAAUGCACGGGCUCACAAGCUCAUACAGUAAACCAACAA